CAUGGGGUAGGCGGACCAGGAAAUUGCCAUGCAUCAUUCCUACUUGGCUAUGGCUCUCAGCAUCCCACCACCAUUUAGAAGGUUCUCUGGGGAACGUCUGCAUGUGCUGAUGUCCAGAGACCUCCUGUGUGGCUGCCUGUGGCACUUAGCAGCCAUGGUGUGUGUGACCCUUGAGUCCUGUUCUGGUAGUGCCCACUAGACUGCUGUCUUCAACCUGAAACCCAGGUCAGAGACACACUAGCCUUCUGGUCCACUGUGGCAGCAGGGAUGAUCUCAGCAGCUUGAGGUUCUGUGGUGGUUUGUGUUGGGCAGCUUGGGCACCAUUCCAAGUUCUGCGGUUGAAGUGGGCAGCCCCAAGGCCUGGCUGGCCUCCUGGGGUCAUUUCUGCUGCACGACAGCAUGCUGCUCAGGCCACACUGCUCAGACUGUGGCCCGUCGGCUGGGGUGGCACCAGCUGGCUCUGCAGGGCAAAGGUGCCAGGACGGGACAGGGUGGGGGCGAGGAGAAAGAGGGCAAGGCUCCUGAAGUGAGGGGCCACAGAAGGCACCAGAUCACUGCAGCCUGAGAGGGGUCUCCUCUUUCGGUCCCUGGCUCUUCCUCACAGUGACGUGCAGCCUUAGAUUGGGGCUAGCACGCUGCUUGGCAGUUGCCAUGUCCUGUCUGACCUGGGGCCUGAGAGCUCUUGGUCCUGGGUCUUCUCUGGAGCCGCCCUGGUGGUUCAACAUGGGCAGUGCCAGCCCCUGGUCACUUGGAGUCCAUCACUGGGAAUGGCAAGUCUACAUCUCUGUCCUUCCCAUGUCUGCUGCAGGAGAGGCUGGUGCUGGCUCGGGAUCAUGGACACAGGAGGCCAGCAGGCCAUUUCUGCCCCUUUUGCAGCAGGUCCUGCUGCUGUCUGCAUUGGACUCUCUGGCUAUACUUGACUUGGCACUGCCCCGUGCAAGGCUCAGGCCCACAUCCCUCAGAGUCCCUCCAGAUUUUGACCCACACCACUUCUGGCAUUGGAGCAGCUUCGGGGACUAUGUGCAGUGUGUCCUGGCCUUCACUGGUGUGGCGGGCUAUGUCACCUACCUGUCCAUCGAUUCGGCCCUGUUUGUGGAGACUCUGGGCUUCCUUGCAGUGCUGACCGAGGCCAUGCUGGGCGUGCCACAGCUGUACCGAAACUACUGCCACCGCUCCACAGAGGGCAUGAGCCUCAAGAUGGUGCUCAUGUGGACAAGCGGGGACACCUUCAAGACAGCCUACUUCCUGCUCAAUGGUGCACCCCUGCAGUUCUCAGUCUGUGGCCUGCUGCAGGUGCUGGUGGACCUGGCCAUCCUGGGGCAGGCCUAUGCCUUCGCCUGCCACCCCCAGAAGCCAGCCCCCCACACUGCACACCCUGCCAGUGCCAAGGCCCUCUGAGGCACCAGAGACAAGACUGUGUGAUCCUGGCUGUGGGCACUAGUCAUCCUGUGCUCCCACGCCAGGGCGGGUGGGCCCAAGGCCACACCAGGAGCAGGCUGGGUGUGGGUGGAGGUGAAGACCUGGUGCCAGGUUCUCCACCAGCCUGCGUGAGGGGUGGGUGCUUGGGGUGGCUGGGGACAGGCCAGUCUGGCACUGCCCAUGAGGACGUGGGCACGGAUCUUGCACCCAGGGCUAGCUCCCAGGCAUGUUCAAGUGACAGGAAACUGUCUCCUGCGUCUUCUCAGAUGCACUGGCCUGACCUGAGAGGCUCAGUCAGGAAGAAGGGUGGUGGGGCUCAGCAGCUUCCCUGGGCAAGCCUGGGGAGAGGGGGCCCUGCAGACCCCGGGCAGAACCUGUGGCUGCCAGGACGGACAGCAGGCCAGGGUGAGGGUCCCGGCUGCUGGCGGCCCAUCCCCAUGCUGUCCCCACCUACCCGCUGCCACUGUCGCUGUGCCUGCCUGACGGGUCGCUGGCCUGACACCACCGCCAUGUUCCCCCUUUCCAUGCCACACCGGUGACGUGUGCUUGGCAGCCUGUGCCCAUCCGGUCACUCCCUGCCCUGAGAGUUCUGGAUGCUUCUGUGGACUCCCACAGGCAAUGACUGCCUUCUGCCGGGCAGAGGGGCCACCCCCAUGCAGAGGCCGCGGCAGGCUGUGGUCAGCACCAUGCUCGUGAUGGCAGGCCGCUCUGGUUGCCAGGAAGCCACAGCACAAUCCCCGCCGGGCUUCCCUCGGAUUCAGUGUCUGAGUGAGGCUCUUGCUUAGCUCUGUGGCUGUAAGAUGCUUUGAAAUGUUUAUUUUUAAAAAAUGAAGGUAGAUGUCUGUAGUGGUAAUUGCUUCCAAAUUAAAAUGUCACCGACCGCAGGUUCGGAGGCUGCUCAUUGAAUGUA